AUGGCGGCCGCGAUGUUCCGGAGCCUGUUGGUCUCCGCGGCCCAGCAGCGGCCUCAGGCCCCGGGCCCGGGCGGGACCCCGCGGGAGCAGCCGCCCGGCGGCCCCGCCCCCGACACGCUGGAGGCGCAGUUCAGCUGCCCCAUCUGCCUGGAGGUGUAUCACCGGGCCGUGUGCAUCGCGGGCUGCGGCCACACAUUUUGCGGGGAAUGUUUGCAACCAUGUCUCCAAGUGCCAUCUCCUCUUUGCCCGCUCUGCCGCAUGCCCUUUGACCCCAAAAAGGUGGAGAAGGCCUCCAAUGUGGAGAAGCAGUUGUCCUCCUACAAGGCUCCCUGCAGAGGGUGCAGUAAGAAGGUGACCCUAGCGAAGAUGAGAUCCCACGUUUCAUCCUGCGCUAAGGUUCAAGAGCAGAUGGCCAACUGCCCAAAGUUCGUUCCAGUGGUCCCAACUUCCCAGCCCAUUCCCAGCAAUAUUCCAAACCGUUCCACUUUCGUCUGCCCUUACUGUGGAGCCCGGAACCUGGACCAGCAGGAGCUGGUCAAGCACUGCAUGGAGAACCACCGCAAUGACCCCAACAAAGUGGUGUGCCCAGUCUGUUCAGCGAUGCCCUGGGGGGACCCCAGCUACAAGAGCGCCAACUUCCUGCAGCAUCUCCUACACAGGCACAAGUUCUCCUAUGACACCUUUGUGGACUAUAAUAUCGACGAAGAAGCAGCGUUGCAGGCUGCGUUGGCGCUCUCCCUCUCGGAGAACUGAAGGCAACUGCUGAGCAGCGGCGUGGAUCCUUUGCACAGGUCGCCUUUCCGCUAGGAGAGGUGUGACACUUGUUAAUCCCUCUGCAUUCCCUAGAGAUUAGGCAGCCCAUCUCUGGUUAAAUCGCACCUUGUUUAAUAAGGUGGAAUCUUUCAUUGCACAAUGAAAUGGUGAGCGAGCAUGAUCUGGUGAGAGUGACACCUGCUGGAUGGGAAGAGGCAAAGGCGACCUUACCAAAUGUUUGUUUUUUCCAAUUGGGCAUUUCAUCUCCAUAUACGGAGUAUAUCUCUCUCUCUAUUUAUUAUUAGAUGCUUUUUGGCACCGUUGCUCCUCUUAUUUGUUGCAUUUUAUGUAAAAUGCCCUAGUGUUCAAUUCUUAUCAUCCAGGGGUGGUUGUUUUUUUAAAGCGUUGAGCGUUUUUGAACCUCGUAAGAGUAUUUAUUGAGAUGUUGGCCCUCCACCCUCCCGAGGGCAUGAGCGGUCUGUUGCUCAGCUCUGUUGCCACUGCUCACGGAAGGCCAGAGGCAACGAAGCGCAUUGGGCUAAAUCUGGGAGCGACUCUGCUGCGCUCGGAUACCGUGAUGACAGGUCUAUUAAAAAGAGCUAGGUAGAAAUGGGAAGGAAUCCUGAACUGUCCUGCCACUGGCAUUCUUUCACCUUGCUCAUUUUGUACUGGCUUUUGUGAUACUAGAGUUCUUGCAUUUUUUCUACAUUA